AUGGUAUCCAACAGCACGGAGAAUACAGACUACGAAACGGACACCUUCGAAGACGCACAAGACACUGCACAGGGCGUUGAAUCUCCGAUUACCCACGGCGCCACCCGUUCUCUGACCGACCAUCGUCCUUCCCAUGGAUCUCUGACUACUCCACGAGCCACAACACACCCUCCUGUGCCUACACCCGAGACGAACCGCAAUAGCCAGGAUGAUGCUCUCUCUCAACUCUCCCAUUCGGGUGAGGAUACGCCAAAGAAACAAAAACCCUCCAAAUCGCCCUUAUUAACUGCUCACCGUCUCUCCACAUCAUCUCUGGAUGAAGUCAAUUUGACCAGCACAAAGGACGAAGAGGAGGGCAAAUCACAACAAACGCCCCUAGAUUCGACAAGCAGUCCUCCCCCUCUGCCCUCGGGCUCGAGGGACCCCUUUAAGCAAACUAGCCUCCUCCAAGGCUUCUCCGCCUCACUCCCCUCGGUACCCUGGAGUCCUCCGCCCACCAACAAAUAUCAACCCCCCGCAGCCCAAUUAGCAAGUCCACCCCUUCCCUCACGAAAACUCACCAGCCCAUUUUCAUGGCUUUCACGGGGUAGUACUGGCACCAAGGAUGUGAAAACUUCGUCUGGGACUGGUGGGAGCCGGAGAAACACUGCGACAUCGUUGUCGACCGUAGGCAGCAAUCCGGAGUUAUUAGGCCGGUUACAAGAGGGGAGUGAUGGGGAUUCUGCCAGCAUGGACUCGAAGAAACAAACGCGCAACAGUUUGAGGGAUCAAUUUAAGCUCUUAAGAAUGCGGGACGAGGGCGUUGUCGAUGAAUCAGGUAGUGUUACGUCAGUCCACAUUGAUGUCCGGACCGGUACUGCUGGAAGUCCUGCAAGCGCAUCGGGAAAAGAUGAAGGUGGACCUUCCAUGCCUCCUGUUUCAUCCCCUGUGACAACCUCCCCCGGUCUUCCUCCAACGGUUAAUCCAAAUCUGGCUCCCGGCACUGUAUCUGGCAUAUCAUCAUCUGCGACUGAUGCGGCAACUCCUGUCGAUUGGGAGUUGUGGCAACAGAUAGUUAACCAUGGGCCUGAGGCUCUUAAAGGAUCAAAUGCCGCAGAGUUGAAUGCAGCUAUCAAGAGAGGCAUUCCGCAAACCAUCCGUGGAGUUAUUUGGCAAGUACUUGCAGACAGUAGGAAUCCUGAGUUGGAGGAUGUGUAUAGAGAGCUUUUAGCACGGGGUAUGGAAAAGGAUAGAGAUCACUUCUGGAGUAACAGCUCCGCCAUAACAGUUAACACCCAGAGCAAUGGAGUUCCCAAGGAUAAAGAGAAGGAAUCGCUGGCUUCUUCCCGAUCCUCCCUCGCCUCUGACAACUCGAGCCCCACGGCUUACUCGACCCAAAGUGUCGUCUCCCCUCCAUCGAUACCAGAGAAGGAUCCGGAAUCGGUAACAAAAGAACAAGCAACCCAGGAAGUUGCUCGAAAAAGGAAGGCAAAGGAGGAUGCAGCCGCGCUUCAGAAGCUAGAAAAAGCUAUCAGGCGGGACCUUGGUUCGAGGACCAGUUACUCAAAAUACUUCUUAUCUCAGCGCAACCAGGAUGGAUUAUUUGGACUCUGCAAAGCUUAUGCUUUGUAUGACGAAGGGGUGGGUUAUGCCCAGGGAAUGAACUUCAUUGUUAUGCCUCUGUUGUUUAAUAUGGAUGAUGGGGAAGCAUUUACUCUUUUGGUUAAGUUAAUGAACAAAUACUGCCUACGAGACAUGUUCAUCCAGGACAUGCCAGGACUUCACCUCCGUCUGUAUCAGUUCGAGCGCCUGUUGGAAGACCUUGAACCUGCCUUGGCUUGUCAUCUACGUCGACGCGGGGUUACUCCCCAACUCUAUGCAACCCAGUGGUUCCUUACGUUGUUCGCAUACCGAUUCCCGCUGCAACUUGUCCUCCGCAUCUAUGACUUGAUAUUUGAGGAAGGGCUAGAACCCACAAUUCUCAGAUUCGCUGUCGCCAUUAUGAAGCGCAAUGCCGACACCUUGCUCGGGAUGACCGACAUGACUUCGCUAACCAAUUUCCUCAAAGAAAAGUUAUUCGACGUCUAUAUCGAUCAGCAGCCCACUGCAAACUCGAUCCUUGAAUCCGGAUUCUUCGGCAGCUCCGGCUCCUCAGACAAGGAAAUAUACCGCGCCGAUUUCAUGGUCCAAGAUGCAUGCGCGAUUAAACUUUCGAAUGAAACUAUUAAAACGUACACUGCAGAAUGGGAAGAGAAGGUGCGCGUGGAAAAGGAACAGGCCACUGAACUUGAGGGGUUAAGGCACACUGUCGCGACUCAGGCAGCUCGCAUCCGUUCGCUUGAGGAACGUGCGGAAAAGUCGGACACGGAACACGUGCAGAUUGCUUCCGAACUCGUUCGUCUGAAGGUGGAGAAUGAAGAGCUUCGGGAUGUCAAUGAGAGCUACAGGGUGGAAGUGCAGGAGCUCAAGGCAGUUAUUGACCGGCAACCUGCUGAGCUGGAAGAAAAGCUACGGACAGAGAUGGAUAGGAUCAUGAAACGGAAUAUCGAGGUGCAAAAUGAGAAUAGGGCGAUGGAAGAGCAGAUGGCUGAGAUGGAGAAGGACCUGGUUGAGACGAAGAUGAAGUGGGCGGAGUUGUCCGAAAAUCACGAGAAUCUCAAGCAGAAAUGGAGUGAUUUGCGAAAAGCCCUUGAUUAG